AUGAAGUGCCAAUGCCUUGUGUCUGCAUUUCAGACCUUGUUCAAGUUUCCAUAUUUGCCCAUGCUCCACAAUUGCAAAGUAUUUGUUAUGCUAGUUAUGAAACUUUAUGUCUUAUCAUUUGUGCUGGAUGACUUAAUGCAGAGGUUGCAUUUAUCUGGUGACAUGGGAUCUAAACGGCAUUUUGAUGAGGAGGAGUUUCUGGAGUUUUCCUUUAAGCAUCCAAAACAACAUGACUGCGGUGAUAAGGUGGCUUCAUUUGCAGGUAAAUUUUUCUGCUGUGAGGAUUCCAAGAAAGUCGAUUUUCUAGGUGCAGCCGAGGGCAUUUUUUGUAAAUCUCAAUUUAGCAAGGAGCCUAAAAAUGACAGUGUGAAUGCUUUCUCAAAUUCGAUUGAUAAGGAGGUUGACAGCAGUGCACCUUUAUCAUGGGGCAGCAGCCCAACUAAUGAGGAAGACACUGGAUCCGGGGCAGCAUUUUGCCCAUCUUUUUCUCGACAAUAUUUUGAAUUCGAGUUUCCAACCUUCAUUCAGUUUGAGGACUCAUUUUCAUCUAUGUUGCAUUCCUCUCCAAGAAAAGAGGUUCCUGUUGGACCAGAUCAUCAGGCUGAUGUGCCAGCAUGGGAGCCAGAAGUAAUCAAGAAACAUCCUAUGGGUUGUGGUGAUAUUGUUGACAUUGACAAGGAGGAGCAGCUGAUGGGAGCUUAUGUUAUUACAAUGCCGGGCUUAAAUUCAUCUGCUCAUGAUGGUGUAAAGGCUGGAAAUGGCAGACAUCAUUGUAGCUGCCCUGAUGAAGGAUCUAUUAGGUGUGUGCAACAGCAUUGCAAGGAAUUCCGGGAGAAAUUAAGAGAAACAAUUGGGCUUGAGAAGUUUGUCAAUUUGGGAUUCUCCGACAUGGGAGAGGAGGUAGCACACUCGUGGACUAAAGAAGAAGAAGAUGUGUUUCAUGAGGUGGUUUAUCUGAAUCCUGCGUCCCUUGGUAAGAAUUUUUGGUGGUACUUUCCACUUAAGUUCCCAUCUAGAACAAAAAAGGAGCUUGUUAGCUAUUAUUUCAAUGUUUUUUUGCUUCGAAGGCGGGCUGUUCAGAACAGAUCAAACUUGCUGGAGAUUGACAGUGAUGAUGAUGAAUGGCAGGGAAGUGAUGUUGGAGGCCUCUUUGCAGUUGAGCCUUUUUUUGAUCAAGAUGGCUGGGUUGAGCAUUCGGAUCAAUCCCCAGAUGAAACUGGCAAUGAUGACGAUGACAAUGGUGAUGGGAAUGCCGAGGAGAUAGCUGGUGUUGCAGAUACUACUGAGGGGGAUAUUGAAGUACAAAUUGAGAAGUCGACUGCCCACAAAAGUUUUAGUUCAAGUGACGGGUUUGGUUCUGUAUAUGCAUCAGACCCUUGUGAUGCUAAGGUUUGGGAUGCCAAAUCCUCAACGGGUCCAAUGAAAGGUGUUGAUCUCCUACCUGCAUGCAACAUGAUUGAAGAGAUUUGUGGACCAUGCACUUGGGACAGCAAGUCGAGCAAGGACAAACAUUAG